AUGAAUAUAAGGAAGAAAGUUUACCUAAAAAACAUUGAUCAAAUUGAUGAUAAUUCACACAUCAAGAUACGGGUGCUGAAAAUGUGGAACUUUACUAAAAAUAAUACGGUUUGUUCAAUUGAAAUGAUCAUGAUGGACGAGGAGAUAAUUCUUAUUUAUUUGAUUGAACAUGGUACACAAUACCAUUCUCGUGUCUUCAAUCAGAAUUUCUCCAGAUUUGGUCAUUUAUUAAAGGAAAAUGAAACUUAUAUAAUUAUAAAACCCAAUAUGGUGGCUGUUCUUAAUGGCUUUAGUUAUACAGGUCAUAAGCAAACACUAACUUUGGAUUGGAAAAGUAUCCUUAAAAAAUGUGAUGACUUUUCCGGACCAGUGAAUGGAUUUAUGUUUCUUGAUUUUAAUUCAAUCAUAGAACAAACAUGCCCACGAGACGCAUUCUUUGAUGUUAUUGGACAGAUUGUCUCAAUUCGACCGCUUGAAACAUCAAAUCCUGUAGCAUCCAAGUCUGUACAUCUUAAGGUUACUAUAUUUGGAACUCAAGCAUACCAGCUGUCACAAUACCUAAAAGAGAACCCGACGGUUAAUUAUGUUGUUAUAGUGAUGCAGUUUGUAAAGCUUAACAUUUGGAAUGGAGUUGGUCAAGCUAAAAGUCAUUUUGAAGUAACCAAAAUGUUCAUAAAUUCCGACAUUGUUGAAAUUAAUGAGUACAAGAAAAGAUUAAAAGCUGAUGACAAUGUUGGUAAAUCUGAAAAAAAACAUUACUUCACUCCAAAGCUACUCUUCUUAUAUACAGAUGACUUUAAGGGCACUUUCCCAUUAAAAGCAAUUUGUGAAAUCACAGAACCGCUGAAGGAAAUGAAAUUUUUGUAUAUAAUUCCAAUCAACGUACAAGAUGGUACUGGCACCAUCGGAUUGACUCUUUUUGAUAGAGAAGCAAAGAGGCUGUUAGAUAUAAGUGCAUAUGAGUUGAAAAAGAUACAUGAAGCGGCUGGAGACAGUGAUACACUAUUUCCAAUGCAACUUAACGUGUUGAAAAACCACAAGUUUGCUUUUCUUGUAGAUAUUACAAAAUACAAUGUCAACAACUAUAAUAAUAUCUGCACCAUUCUCAAGCUUACAGAAGAUGUAUCCAUUGUUUCAAAAUUGGAAAGUAAAUUAGAACUUAUGAGUAUUGAAUCUGUCUCCUUAAAUCAAGUACCUUUGGAAUCAGAUGAUGUUGUACAGCCUGUUCAAAAGGAUGUCAUCUCACAAACAGAUGAAAGCUUUACACCAUCAACAAUUGAUAAAUCAACCGCAACAAGUCUUAGCAAAAUAUCAACUGAUUUGAAGCGCAACCUCCAAGACAUUUAUGACGUUGAUUCUGGAGAUGAUUUAAGUUCAACUAAGACUAAAAGAAAAUCAAUCGGAGAGGAAACUCCACUCUUAAUUCCAAAAGUCGAGAAGUGA